GUGUUGAAUGUCACAAAGUGCUUCAUGCGCAACCCCAUCCAAAUUCUAGUGAAGAAAGAAGAGCUUACCCUGGAGGGUAUCAAGCAGUUCUACGUAACUGUAGAUCGUGAGGAGUGGAAGCUGGACACGCUGUGUGACCUGUACGAGACCCUGACCAUCACCCAGGCACUGAUCUUCUGCAACACCAGGCGGAAAGUAGACUGGCUCACAGAGAAGAUGCACGAGCGCGAUUUCACUGUCUGUGCACUGCACGGAGACAUGGGCCAAAAGGAACGGGACGUAAUCAUGCGCGAGUUUCGGUCAGGCUCGAGUCGGGUGUUGAUCACAACUGACCUGCUUGUCCGAGGCAUAAAUGUUCAACAAGUGUCUUUGGUCAUCAACUUUCACCUGCCCACCAGCAGGGAAAACUACAUCCACAGAAUUGACCGAGGAGGACGAUUUGGUCGUAAGGGUGUUGCCAUCAACUUUGCUACUGAGAAAGACAAGCGUACCCUGAAAGACAUAGAGGGCUUUUACAACACAGAGAUCGAGGAAAUGCCCAUGUACGUGGCGGACUUCAUCUAAUGGAGUCCUCCAAAUGACAGCAGUGGGGGAUAGCAGAAAGUGAAAGGGCAGAGUGGGGGGG